ACGCUUGAAGAGUAACAAUCUUGCCCAAAAUUUUCAAUUGGCUAUAUAAGAAAAAAUUAAAUUUUUAUAUUUAAAUAAAACAUUUAUUAAAUUAAGUAUAACAAGAUAAAAAGAUAAAAUAUUGUGUUUAUUAAUUAUAACAAACAAUAAGAAUACAAGUUAUAAGCAUGGAUUAUGAAGAUGAUUUCUUCUUUGAAGAGGAUAAGAUGUUGGUUUUAUAAAAUUAAUUAUUUAUUUAUUGAAUGUUACCCUUCAAUUUAAAUCUGCUUCUUUUUUCUUGCAACAUGCAUGCCUGUAUGCCACGGUACGGUGGGAUAGUUUAAUGGAUCAAACAUUAUUAUCUACAGAUAAUAUUUCUUUGAAAAAUAUUGAAGAAUGUAAAGAAAAUUCUGUUCCUUUAACCACCGUGUCAUUGGCUAAUGUUCAAUUGCAACAAUUUAUCACAAUGGAAGAUCGCAUGGGUAUGACUAUAACUUCUGGCAAUGUUGUAAUACAAAAAGAUAGCAGUAAUCUUAUAGGCAUUAGUAUUGGAGGAGGAGCACCCUUAUGUCCCUGCUUAUAUAUUGUACAAAUUUUUGAUAAUACACCAGCAGCAAUAGAUGGUACUUUACAAUCUGGAGAUGAACUUGUAGCAGUAAAUGGAACAUCAGUCAGAGGAAAAACAAAAGUAGAAGUUGCAAAAAUGAUACAAUCUUGUGAUUCUCAAGUCAGUAUUAAUUAUAAUAAAUUACAUGCUGAUCCUAAACAAGGUCGUACUCUUGAUAUUGCUUUGAAAAAGGUAAAACAUAGAUUAGUUGAAGGAAUGGGAAGUGCAACAGCAGAUGCACUAGGAUUAUCACGUGCCAUUCUUUGUAAUGAUGCUCUUGUACAACGAUUAAUGGCAUUACAGCGUACAGAAAAUUUAUACAGAGGUUUAGUUUCUCAUGCUAAAGCUACUUUGCAUGCUUUUUUUGAUCUGAUACAAAUAUAUAAAGUAUUUGGAGAUGCCUUUGCUGCAAUAGGAGUAAGAGAACCACAACCACGAGCUAGUGAAGCUUUCAGACAAUUUGGUGAACAACAUAGACAAAUGGAAAAAUUUGGAAUAACAAUUUUAAAAACUUUAAAACCUAUAUUAAAUGAUCUAGGCACAUAUCUUCAUAAAGCUAUUCCUGAUACUCGAUUAACUAUUAGCAAAUAUGCUGAUGCAAAGUUUGAAUAUCUUUCUUAUUGUUUAAAAGUAAAAGAAUUAGAUGAUGAAGAACAAAGUUAUGCAGCAUUACAAGAACCUCUUUAUCGAGUAGAGACAGGAAAUUAUGAAUAUCGUUUAGUAUUGAGAUGUCGACAAGAAGCUCGGGCAAAAUUUGCUAAACUUAGAUCAGAUGUACUUGUAAAACUUGAAUUAUUAGACAAUAAACACGUUCAAGAUGUUGUAUGGCAAAUGCAAAAAUUUGCAGCUGGUUUAGCAAAAUAUUAUUCUAACACACGAGACUUAUUAUCUGCAGUAAUGUUAUUUCCUGUUGAAGUUGAUUUAUCACAUUCAGCAUUUCAAUAUAAAUCCACUGGUCCUCAAGUAAUAACUGAUGGAGAAGAUAUAGAUGAAUUUGAAUCAGAAGAAAAAACAAAUAUAAAUGAAGAUUUACUCAUAGAUACACAGAACUUUUCAUUCGUAACUUCAGAAUCUAAUAAUAUGUAGCAAUAUGUUUCUUUUGCAAAAGAUUUUAAUUAUUAUGCUUUUUUAUUAAAAUUUAAUCAAAUGAUAUUACAGUGAAA